ACCAAAAAAAGACCAAAAAAAAAUUUUUUUUUUUUUUUUGUAUUUUUAGUAGAGAUGGGGUUUCUCCAUGCUGGUCAGACUGGUCUUGAACUCCCAACCUCAGGUAAUCCGCCUGCCUCGGCCUCCCAAAGUGCUGGGAUUACAGGCAUGAGCCACCGUGCCCAGCCAAAUUUUUUUUUUGUUCAAUGUUGCCCAGGUUGGCCUCAAACGCAUAGCCUUGCCUCCUUGUGCCCCAGGACAACCGGCCAGAGCCAAUGCAGCUCCCUGUCCUGCUUAGUUGAGCCAGUUCAGCAUCAGGAAGCUUACCCAGGGAAAGACUGACGGAUGUAUUUCACUCAAUUGCCAGCCUAUAGAGCCUAUAAAUGCCUUCUGGUGUUUGUGGAUACCUUUAUUGGGUGGGUUAAAGCCUUUCCUACAAGAACAGAAAAGGCCCAGGAAGUAGCCAAGGUACUUCUUAAAAAAAAAAAAAAUCAUCCCGGCCGGGCGUGGUGGCUCACGUCUGUAAUCUCAGCACUUUGGGAGGCCGAGGCAGGCGGAUCACGAGGUCAGAGAAUUGAGACCAUCCUGGCUAACACAGUGAAAUCCUGUCUCUACUAAAAAAUAGAAAAAAUUAGGUGGGUGUGGUGGUGGGCGCCUGUAGUCCCAGCUACUCAGGAGGCUGAGGCAGAAGAAUGGUGUGAACCCGGGAGGCGGAGCUUGUGGUGAGCUGAGAUUGUGCCACUGCACUCCAGCCUGGGCAACAGAGCGAGACUCCGUCUCAAAAACAAAAAGAAAAAAAAAAUCAUCCCUCAGUGUGGGUUUAGUUUGUGUUUACAAAGUGACAACGGCCCAGUUUUUAUUUCACGCACCCUUUAAUUAGUGACAAAAGCCCUAGAAAUAAAGUACUCCUAGCACUCCUGGAGAACACAUCCCUCUGGCAAGGUAGAAAGCACUAAUCAAACUAUUAAAAGGACCCUGAACAAAGUGUGCCAGGAAGCCUCCUCACCAUGGUUAGAACUCCUGUCCAUAGCACUGCUCUGAGCAUCACCCCUAAUAUUACUUACGCCUUCCUACAUGCAGACCUAAUGUUAGAUCCAGAAGUUACCCAAUUAAUCAAAUACAUAACAUCACUGGCCCAAUUUCAACAAGCCAUCCAGGAGUUUGAGCAAAAGUUACUGCCUGCCACUGACCCCUCCAGUAAUCAACCCUUAUACUAGCCAGGGUCACAAGUCCUCAUCAAAACCUGGAGAGAUGGGUCACCCAGGUCUCAACUAGCCUGGGUCUCUCCUUUAUGGAAAGGCCCCUUUAUUACUUUCUACCCCGACAGCUGUCAAAGUUUCUGUAAUCUCUAGUUGGAUACAUCACUCCUGAGUAAAACUGUGAGAAGGUCCCGAAGAACCAACAACAGAAUCAGCAUCUGAGUAGUCUCAUGAGCCAGCCACUGGAGAGCUUCCAAUUCCUCUUCAAGUGAAAAGAUAAGUAAAGCCUUCUCUCUGUUCACCUCAAAAAAAGGUCUCUCAGUACUGGGAAUCUUGGUUGCGGGGGCAUUGGUUCUUCUCCUUAUUUUGACCCACACUUGAAGGCCAUCUGAAGUCCUGAUGACAGCCUGAUUUCUCACUAAACACUCCAUCGAACCAUUUCAUUAUUUGUCUCUCCUGUUUUCAGCACUUUCCUUUUGCUUUCACAAAGCUUAAGGGAGAAUCAGCUAUGACAGAGAAAUUCCUUUUCCUUUAUCUUUCCCUCCUUCCCAUGCCCCUACUCUCACAGGCACAGUGGAAUGAAAAUUCCCUUGUCAGUUUUUCCAAAAUAAUUGCUUCGGGAAACCAUCUAAGCAACUGUUGGAUCUGCCACAACUUCAUCACCAGGUCCUCAUCUUACCAAUAUAUUUUGGUAAGAAAUUUUUCUUUAAACCUAACAUUUGGUUCAGGAAUCCCUGAAGGCCAACAUAAACCUGUUCUGCUCCAGGUUUCGCUUGCUAACUCAGCGCACCAAGUCCCCUGCCUGGAUCUCACUCCACCUUUCAAUCGAAGCUCUAAAACUUCUUUCUAUUUCUACAACUGUUCUUCUCUAAACCAAACCUGUUGUCCAUGCCCUGAAGGACACUGUGACAGGAAGAACACCUCUGAGGAGGGAUUCCCCAGUCCCACCAUCCAUCCCAUGAGCUUCUCCCCAGCAGGCUGCCACCCUAACUUGACUCACUGGUGUCCAGCUAAACAAAUGAACGAUUAUCGAGACAAGUCACCCCAAAACCGCUGUGCAGCUUGGGAAGGAAAAGAGCUAAUCACAUGGAGGGUUCUAUAUUCGCUUCCCAAGGCACACACUGUCCCCACAUGGCCAAAAACUACUGUUCCCCUGGGAGGGCCUCUAUCCCCUACAUGCAAUCAAACUCUUCCAGCAGGGUGGAAAUCGCAGUUACACAAGUGGUUCGACAGCCACAUCCCCCGGUGGGCCUGUACCCCUCCUGGCUAUGUAUUUUUAUGUGGGCCACAAAAAAAUAAACUGCCCUUUGAUGGAAGUCCUAAGAUAACUUAUUCAACCCCCGCUGUGGCAAACCUCUACACUUGCAUUAAUAACAUCCAACAUACAGGAGAAUGUGCUGUGGGACUUUUGGGACCACGGGGGAUAGGUGUGACCAUCUAUAACACCACCCAACCCAGACAGAAAAGAGCUCUGGGUCUAAUACUGGCAGGGAUGGGAGCGGCCAUAGGAAUGAUCGCCCCAUGGGGAGGGUUCACGUAUCAUGAUGUCACCCUCAGAAAUCUCUCCAGACAAAUAGAAAACAUAGCUAAGAGUACCAGAGAUAGCAUCUCUAAACUCAAGGCCUCCAUAGAUUCUCUAGAAAAUGUAGUCAUGGACAACAGAUUGGCCUUAGAUUACCUCUUAGCAGAGCAGGGUGGAGUCUGUGCAGUGAUCAAUAAAUCCUGUUGCGUUUAUGUCAAUAACAGUGGGGCGAUAGAGGAGGAUAUAAAAAAGAUCUAUGAUGAGGCUACGUGGCUCCAUGACUUUGGAAAAGGUGAUUCAGCAGGGUCCAUUUGGGAGGCUGUGAAGUCUGCCCUCCCCUCCCUCACAUGGUUUGUCCCUUUACUGGGACCAGCUGCACUUAUAGCCUUCUUUCUCCUCUUUGGCCCUUGUCUCUAUAAUUCACUAAUUAAAUAUGUCUCUUCCAGGAUACGGCAAUUUCACACAGAGCCCCUAAAAAUGGAAAGGGAUCAUCCAAUCUUCCUUGGAGGUCCCAGCACCUACAAGUACAUCUCCCCCUUGGAUGCCAGUGGGCAAAGAUUCUGCAACUACGGAGGGGCUCCUUCCCUGACAGAGAGCAAGAGAGGGAGACCCUGAUGACUUCUUCGUCCCACGUCAGCAGGAAGUAGUUACAGAAGACCCACGACGUCCUUAUGCCCAAAGCUUUUCAGGGUCUCCAACUCUUGAGGGGGAAUACUGUUAGGGUAGGCAGGUAGCCAGACAAGAGCAGGCAAGGAAGCCCCUGGGAAAGGAAUCUUUAGAAAUGCAGCCCGCUGAUGGCCUCCUUGGAAACGCUGCACGCUGAGUCAGCAAAAGGAGGAGCGUGGCUACACUGGCUACACCUGGCCUUGUGGCUGCAUUCCUCUGUUCCAGAAGGGAACUUAUCAAGGCCUAGCCAGAGGUUACCAAGGUAGGAGCUAUUCCCCACUAAGAAGCAUGUAUACUUCCCUAAUAAUUCACCCUAAUAUACCAUUUUGCUCAUUAAAAUAAUAAAAAAAAACACACACCUGUGUGGAGAUUUUAUUUUUUAACCAGAAAUUCCUUGUUAGACUUUAGAUCCAAAUGACACGGCACAUGUGUGCCCAGACCACUUCCCAAAACAUGCUUACUAGUAACGCCCCUGCAUGGCCCCUUCAUUAAUAAUCAUGUAAAACUCUCAUAAGAAGCAUCUACCCAGCCAGGUGUGGUGGCUCACGCCUGUAAUCCCAACACUUUGGGAGGCUGAGGCAGGCAGAUCACCUGAGGUCGGGAGCUCGAGACCAGCCUGACCAACAUGGAGAAACCCCGUCUCUACUAAAAAUACAAAAUUAGCUGGGCGUGGCGGCGCAUGCCUGUAAUCCCAGCUACUUGGGAGGCUGAGGCAGGAGAAUCGCUUGAACCCGGGAGGCAGAGGUUGUGUUGAGCCAAGAUCGUGCCAUUGCACUCCAGCCUGGGCAACGAGAGGGGAACUCCAUCUCAAAAAACGAAUAAACAAAAAGAAGCAUCUCCCCAGCAUUGGUGAGACAGACUCACUCAUUUGAGCAGCCCAGCCUGUUCUGUCUUUCAGGGUGUACUGUUUAUUUAAAAGCCCCCAUAAAAAUUCCUCCCAGGCCAGGCAUGGUGGCUCAGGCCUGUAAUCCCUGCACUUCCUUGGGCGGAUCCUCAGACAGAUCACGGGUCAGGAGUUUGAGACCAGCCUGACCAACAUGGCGAAACCCCGUCUCUACUAAAAAUACAAAAAAAUUAGCCGGGCGUGGUGGCACGCACCUGUAAUCCCAGCUACUCAGGAGGCUGAGGGAGGAGAAUCACUGGAAACCAGGAGGCGGAGGUUGCAGUGAGCCAAGAUUGCGCCACUGCACUCCAGCCUGGGCUACAGGAGACCCCAUCUGGGGAGGGCGGUGGGGAAUUCCUAAGUCACUAGCAGCUGACUCACUCUCUGCAGCAGCCAGUUCUGUCUCUUCUUGACCUCCUGUCUUUAAAUAAAGGUUACUUAAUGAUUUAACUCUUUCUGUGUGCCUCCUAGAUGAAUUCUUUCCUUCAGGAAGAUAAACUGAAGGACCUCCACACCCCUCCUGGUAACAAAGGUCUUUGUGCAAUCCCUCCUGAAGAAGCAAUGGAGGAUUUAGUGUAUCUAAACUAGUAAAUACAAACUGUACUCAAU